UUUGUCCUUACGUCACGGCUGGCUGCACUAUUGACCGGGGAGGACAGAAGCGGUUCUAGUUUUACCUUCUGCAAAACAACUCCCAUUGUUUGGCGCUUCUAGCGUCUUCGGUGUAUAUUUUUCAUCAGAUAUGGCGAGGCGGGAGUUACCAGAAACAUUCUAGGAAUGCGAGGAGUGGGCAAACCGUAGAAAACAUGGCUGUCAGACGACUUUAACUCGGCGAGUUUACGUCAGGAGGAAGCUGAGAUGUUGGUUUGAUGACCUUUAGCUUCUCCGUCAUCACCAUGGCAACCAGAGACAUCCAGCGACAGCAGCACCUGAAGGCGUUCUACCGCCGGGCGCAGGAGCUGCUGAAGGAGGAUGACAGAGACUACCUGCACAGUGUGCUCAAGGAGUACCAGCAGUACAAGGCUAUUGACCGGCUGGUCUCGCAGCUGUGCCAUGUUCUGGACACGCCACAGAAACUGGACCUGCUAAAGGAGAUCCGCAGGCUCAUCCCCCCUCAGCACAUACCGCACUUUGACAGACUGGCCCCGUACCACAAGAUGGCGCACCCCGUCAGGCCGGCCAGCCAGCACGGCAAGCGGGCGGGAACUGUAUCGAACAACGCCAUGGUCAAUGGACACGCAGAGCGUGUUGGCCUGGAAGUGGGUGACCAGAUUCUGGAGGUCAACAACGUGAGUUUUGAGAACAUCGCCAUCAGCAGCGCCGUGAAGGUCCUGUCCGGCAGCAACCGGCUCAAACUGGUCAUCAGGCGGUGCGGCAAGAUCCCCGGCUUCAAGUUCUCCCGCGAGAGAACAUCGUGGUACGAUACGAUAAAACGUAAGAUCGUCGAGGGCAGCGAGGACACGGCCCGCCCAACAACACGGAGCAACAUGAGGCUGCUAGCCGACGGCGACGAGGUCAAGGUCAACUUCAAGGUCAAACAGGGGAUGAUCGGGUUCAACAUCCGCGGAGGCAGCGAGUACGGGGUCGGCAUCUAUGUGUCACGGGUGGAUGUUGGCAGCCUGGCAGAACAGAACAGCAUCAAGGAAGGAGACCAGAUCCUGGACGUGAACGGGACCAGUUUUGAGAACAUCACGCACACAGAAGCUGUGGAGUUUCUACGCCACCAGAACCAUGUCACCAUGACCAUUAAGGAUGUGGGGAAGUACCCAGCCUACAAGGAGAUGUUAGCAGAGUACAGCUGGGUGGCCGGCCAGGCAGGCAGGAAGGUCAUGAGGAAAGGACAGAGAAACAGACCCAGUAUUUCACCCCCAGGACCUCUAAAGGCUACGCGCCCCGUUUCCUAUCAUUUCGAGGAGUCCGACCAGCAAACGUCUCCCCGUGUGGAGACCUUCACACAGACAGUUCAGGACGACGUUUCUGUGGGAACCAACUCUUCUCGCUCGGUCGAGGUCCAGACGGAGACGCCCAUGUGGAAAAGGUCAAGGUCGACGUCGCCCCCCGGGAGGGACCGUUCAUUAUCGCCGGGGAGGGAGAAGUCGCGGCAGGCGCUGGUAGAACUGAGCCAACCCUCGCGCCCCGUACGGAGGACACAGAGCCUCACGCUGCCAACAGACAAACCAGAGAAAAGUAAAAAGGACAAGGAUGCGACUGCCACAGUGGGGAGGUCACGUACCUUCAAAGACUUCCUCUUCAGGAAGGAAAAGGACAAGAGCAGGAAAAAAGACUCCAAAGGGAAGGGAGAUUCCAGAGGAAAAGGAGACUCCAGAGGUAAAGGGGACUCCAGAGGUAAAGGGGACUCGAGAGGAAAGGGUGAUUCCAGAGGAAAAAGGGACUCUAAAGGGAAAGGAGAUUCCAAAGGGAAAGAUUCCGUGGGGAAAAAGGACUCCAAGGGCAAGAGUGACUCGAAGAUGAAGCAGUUCAUGGGUUCUCUGGGGAGGAGUGCCAAGAAGAUCAGGUCACGACCUUCAGGCCUGCUGUCCAAGAACAAGUCGAGCGGCAGCGAGGACGAGCUGGAGAAGGGAAGGUCGUCUGGCAGGUCCUCAAGGUCAAGCGACAGCGAGAGUAAAGGCAGGAAAAGUAGCAAUUCUGAAGGCUCCCAGGAUUCCCUGGGCAGCACGCAGGGCAUGAACCUGGGCCGACAGCGCGGGAUUUUUGAGAAGGGCGCGGGAAGCCAGGUCAUGCACCAGGACAUGCUGUCUGUGUCUGCCGUGUCCCGGAUAGAAGAAAUGGCGAGGAAACUUCUCAACGAAGACGAGGCCAACGCCAUCCUAAGACAUGUCAGAAGGUACGAGACAGGGGGACCAGUUGAGGAGUUGGCGCAGUCUGUUUUAGACACCCUGGACCCACUGUACACAGAAGGAGGGACAGUAGAGGAGUUGGGACAACCUGUCCUCGCCAUCCUGGACAAACCUGAGAAGAUCCUGGUCCUCAGGGAGAUCAGGGGGAUCAUCACUCCGACGGACCUGGGCAGGUUUGACAGCAUGGUCUCACAGAGAGAGUUUGAAGCUCUGGAGGAACUCAGUACAAGGCCAUAUGACAUUGAACCUUCAAAACCACCCGGUGUGCUGUCCAGUGUAUCCGCCCAUUUCCAGAAGUUACAGCGGGCUCACAUCGGGUUCACUCCUCCCAGGAAACAACUGCUGCACCCUUCCCCAGACCACCACGGGAAGUACCACCUCCGCACAGUAGAGGAGUACGAGAGGGAGCGACUGCGCAAGCUGGAGCGGGAGCAGAGGAAGAAGGACCGCAGGUCCUCCAAGAAAGGGAAGCCGCCUAUCCCGUCACACGCCCCUCCCCCGCCACCAGACGACGACGACCUCUCCCCAAACAGACAGACCUCUGCAGACCUGUCUCCACCCCUGAUGAGCCUGCCACCACCCCUGGGGAGCUUGUCCCCACCCCUGGGGGGAGCGUCCCCACCCAUGCCUGUUAUAGAGAAGGGUAGUGUGACUUCCAGCGUGGCCAGUAGCAAACCUGCCGGGUUCAGGGUCACCCGGCUGGCGGACUCCCCCUCCCCGGUCCAUCCCCCGUCCGCUGGACCGAAGGACUCGGAUGUCCAGUUCCAGGCACGCGACGUGAAACCUGUAGACAGCGAACUGUACCGCCUCGUCUACAUGGGGUCGGGAAACACCGGGCGCGGUAGCAUCGAGAUCGUCCCCGACGAGUCCCCAGAUACCUCAGCCAAUUGGAGCCCAGUCGUAGCCAUACCAGCCAAUCAGAGGGUCAAGCCGGCAGCUGUCAAUCAAUCCCCAACAGCCAAUGGGAGCCCUGCGAGGAGUACACCGUCUCCUGUACAAGUGGCAGACACUAAGUCAGACACGACAGAGAGAGUGAUACCAAUCUAUGCAACAGUCAACAAACCCAAGUCUACAAAACAGACCAAUGGGCCGACUGACAAAGCAGAAGAAAAAGAAAACGGCAUGGAUGAGCCUGUCGUUGACAGCAGGGAGGCUUCCACUGAAGAGAACAGCCAGCCAGCGGUAACCGUGACGAUAUCUCCACUCAGAGUCUCCCCACCGAUGGGGAACAGUAAGGUGUCGCCAUCCGUCGUCAGGAAAGGGAUCUUGAAAACUGACAGCUCCUCCAAGACGAAGAAGGAGACACAGAAGGCACUGAACUGGGACGAGGAGUCCAUCCGUGCCAGUACACCCAACCACGACCUGGAGGAGCAGGAGGAUGGGGACGCCUCGGCCAAUGAGGACCAGCCACACAACACGUUCACACCAAUCAGAGUGGACGACACAGAUGACAUCCCCCCUCCUCCUUCCUUCCACGCCCCGACGAUACCCCCCGCCCCAUUUCAACCCCCUGGACCACCCCCAGACGGCCACCCCCUGACCCCCUCCCCCGCCAUGCAGCCUCUGCGUGCCCCUCCUUCCUUCUCCCUCCCCCCUCCCCCUCUGCAGUCCCCUGGGGAUGAGUAUGAGGAGAUUGAGUUCCCGCCCCCUCCCCCAGAGGAAGCCGCUCCCGAGGCCCCGGCUCCUGAGGAGGAGAUAACCAUUGAGCUCAUUAAAACAAGGACAUCACUAGGUAUCAGCAUCUCCGGUGGGCGGGACUCCAGGUCACAGCCUCAGGUGAAAAUAGAGAGAGUCUUCCCUGCAGGAGCCGCCGAGGAGGAUGGGCGACUCAAGCCUGGGAUGGAGAUUGUGUCUGUGGAUGGCGAGCCCCUGCAGUCUGUGACUCACGCCCAGGCCGUGGACACCAUCCGGCGAGCGUACGCCACCAAAUCCCGCACCAGAAUGGUCCUCGUGGUCCGCGAUAACAACACGUGACACUGUCUGACAGACCUCAAGUCGAUUUCCUUCACAAAACAGGCUUGUAAAAUAAAAUCAGUUGACUGGUGUAUGGAAAGAAUUUGAACAAACACAAUCAAGGAGGGAGGUUCAAAAGGAGAACCUCCUUAUCGAAUUGAACAUACUGUAACAAAUUUUAAACUCCAUGCCAUUCUUGAGCCAACUGUUAUAAUAUCUGGACCGUCUAAGGCAUCUAUUGAAAACUGUCAAUAAGAGAAAUGUAUCUUCAUGUUGUGAAAUAAUUUACACGGAUGCAUGAUCAAUGAAAUUAAGGAAAAAAAACUAUAUAUAUAUUUUUGUUUGUUGUUAAGGUCAUUGUCGAUGAGUUGCCUAAUUUCCUGCCAGUAUGUUAUGUACUUAAUGUUUAUACUGGAAGUAUAAUUUUUAGAGUAGGUAUACUGUUGCACUUGUAUCCGUCCAGUGAUUCUUUAAGAAAAAUGUUUGUGUGCUUCUAUCAAUAUCAGUUUAAUUUACCAGGGCCAGUAUAGUUAUAGGUAUAGUUUAUAAUAACUGUAAAUGUUUACCUUUACUAUAGCAAAUUCUUCAAAUAGUAAGAAAGGUGUAAAACAUUUCCCUUCUUUGGACAAAUGAUGGGUUGUUGGUAAUCCUGUAGAUUGGAUCUAUUUUUCUACUAUGUUCCCAGAUCGUAUCUGAUAUUAGGAAGAUAUAUAGAUAAAGAAAACGUUUAAAGACUUUUUAGUAUUUUACUUGUCUGUAACAAAGACUACCAGUGUUAAUUCAAACUUCUAAGUGAUUUAAGAAUAGACACUACAUCUUACAACUUGCACCAACAAUAGGGCACCAACUGGCAGUCUUUUCGUGUCUUAACUUUUUCAAAAACUAUGAUUAUCAUUCGUUACUCCGUCCAACCAUCCCUGCAUUCAUUCAUCCAUCUAUUAAUUCAUUCCUGGUCUAACCUUAAGGUCUGUACAUUUUGUACUUCAUCAAGGCCUACUUGCCAAGGUUAAGGUUUUGAAAUCCACUUAUGAACGAGACUGUAGUAAAGACUUACAAAGCUGUGAAUACUGGUGCAAAGUUUGUUGGUGCUUGUUUCACAGACUUUUACCUGAAAAAAGUAUCUACAGUCGGACAACUGAAAGGUCUGCUACGAACAGUUACUAUAUGUGAUUAAUAGGAAGGUGCUGAAGUAGUGUGAUAUGUGGUCUAAGCAAUCUGUAUCUACCACUUGACUGGACACAGAAGUAAAACCACCAUGAGUAACAACUUCCAAAUUGUUUAUUGCUAUAUUGUACAAAGAACAGUCAUGCCCCCUUUCUGCAUAGGGCGGCACUGCAGUGAGUUUAUCAUGUCUUGCCCUGCAAAACUCAGUUUUUAUGUCAACCAUGUGUUUGUACAAUAAAUAUAAAGAAUUCCACCUUUGUACAGUCCUUCUGAGUCAGGGUCCUACAUUGUACACAUGGCUCCAUUGCAUCUUAACUGUUGCACUACUGAUUACAAUCACAAGGGGGGGCUGUGGACUUGUUGGUUACAAACUCCACACCCACUUGCUCAAACAUCUAUAGUAAGCAAUCAUCUUGUGUUAACCCUUCUUUUUUACUGCAUCCUCGAUCAGUAUAUAUGAACUAAAGUAGUUUUAACAAAACCAAAUUCUCAUCAAAGAGGCUGACACAGCAAACUGAACCAAACAGAAGCAAUGUCAGAACUAUAUUCAGGGUAUUAAUGUACUAGUGUGUAGAACAAAUGCUGAAUUCAAUGUACACUGGAGCCACACAUAGUCGAAGAAAAGGGACCGUCACCGCUGACUACCAUAUUGCACUGUACAGUGGCGAGGUACCAACGUUUGUCUACAGUUUCCGCAACAAAUUUAACAACUGCAGAGAACAAAAACAACAACUAACUUUAGUCUGAAGAGAAGUCACACAAGAGAGCGAGGAAUCUUAAUAUACUGUAAAUAUGCCAUAAUAUAUAUAUAUAUAGUUUAAGCAAAAUAGUUCUAUGUUACUUCAUAAAUUCUGCUCUUUCUAGUCUCAUCCAUUAUAACUGAGCUCAAACCUAAUAGUAAUACUCAUUAAUUUAAAGGUACUUCUGUGUAACCUUGCAGGAUUGGAGCUUUCAUAACAAUAUCUUUUUCAUCAACAUGUUCCUAUGAAGUAUAAUUCAAACUGUGUUUUCUCCUGGACUUCUACUGGACUGCAUUACACUUGUGUCACGAGAAUUGACUUGCUCCGGCCUCAGCUAAAAUGGAGAGGUGUUUUAGAGUGGGCUCAAUAUCUGCCUGAUUAAAUGUGCUCCUGCUUUUGUUCUCUUCGACCUCUAGAUGGAAAUCAUCCCAGAGUCAUUAAUACAUGUCAAUCUCUCCUGUAGAGUAGUGUGCUGGGGGAAUGCACAAUAACCAUUACAGUAAAUGGUUAGAGUAGGAGCACAUUCUUCACGAUUCCGCUCAAAACACCUCAACAAAUUUGGCAAAGAGGAGUAAAAUGUCACUAAUUCUCCAAGAAACAUCUA